AUGAAAAUUAUCCCCGAUAAAAGUGGGCUGAGGAAAGGAGCAUGGACACCAGAGGAAGAUAAGAAGUUGGUUGCUUAUGUUACAAGAUAUGGCCACUGGAAUUGGACCCUACUCCCCAAGUUUGCUGGUCUUGAGAGGUGCGGAAAGAGUUGUAGGCUAAGGUGGAUGAAUUACUUAAGGCCUAAUAUCAAAAGAGGGAACUUCACUCAAGAAGAAGAUGAGACUAUUAUGAAGCUGAUCCAACGUCUUGGUAACAGGUGGUCUGCGAUUGCUGCUCAGCUGCCGGGAAGAACGGACAACGAAAUAAAAAACUACUGGCACACUCAUCUGAAGAAGCGAUAUCAACAAAAUGAAAAAUCUGAAGUUUCCAAGUCGAAGGAUGAAUCCCCACUUCAACAAAUGCCAAAACAUGCUGAUGCUCUUCCAUCAACAUCUAAAUCCACCCAACUCUCUAUAACAACAGAUCAUAGCAACGAAUAUUUUGUUCUUGAAGAUGAAUUCGCUCUUCUGAAUGCAUACUCAGAGCCCUUGAACGGAAACUUCUGGUUGGAACCUUAUAUGCCCGACAUUUCGAUUGCUCCUUGUGAAGAUUUGGAUUUGGGGGCACAAACCCAUUGCUUUAGCCCUUUGCGUGACGUGCCACUUUGGAGUCAUGACCAUGAUUAG